UCUAGAGGUUUUAGUAGAGCAGCAAGGGUUGCAGACACUUUGAUUACAAUAGCUGAUAUUGCACAAGUAUUUCGUGACAUGUUUAGGAAAGACAGAAAGCGAUCAGUAGAAAACGCAAUACCUAAUAUAGAUAUAUGUAGAUUCAACACUCUCGAUUUGAAUGAUGACAACAAUGUUACCAAGGAGGAAUUAGACAUUCUGAUGCAAAGCACAGGGUUAGAGGAGCUGGAGGAACUAUUUGAACAGCUAGAUCAAAACAAUGAUGAUACCGUGACAAAAGAGGAGUACAUGGACUUGUAUGAGGAAGUAUGUACUGGGGACCUGAAAGCAUACAACCAGCAAAACGGCAAAUCAGACCUGGAGGAAGACGAAUAUACAGAAGACACAGUUUGA